AUGUUCAACAGAAAGCGUCGCGACCUCACAGAUGAGGAGCGUCUCAGCGGCUAUGAUCUCGAUUCCCCUCUCUCCCAGCGCUGGAAGCCCCAAUACUCUGUCCCACGUAACUCACUAGAGUCGCGCAUCACAGAUAAGGAGAAUGGCCCUGGUGAAAGACCGCGCCAUGUACCACAUCCGCUCUCCUUCGGGAGGAAUAGACGUGAUAUGGACACGUUUGCGGGCGGUAUUCGGCAGAGUAGUGAAGAGAGUGAAGACGAGGAGGAGUUUUCUGAUCCAAAGCUCUGGAUAGAGACUGUUUCGGAAUUGUAUAUGAAUGAACUCGAUAACAGGGCAAGAUGGGAUCCGCGAUGGCUCAACGUUACUCGACGAGAGCGGUUCGAGGGUUUGGAGUCGGUUACUGUCUCGGUCAUAGAUUAUCUGGCAAAUGAUGAAGUGGGAAAGAGCAAACUCAUCACCACGAAAAAAGACCUCGCAGCAGCCAUCAACACCAGACCAGAAGGUUCUAAGACAAGAGUCAUCAUGGUCAGCGAUCUAAGUCGUUUCAUAAUGGGCGCCCUAGGCCAGCUGUACUCAGUAGACCCCGAAUUCUGGUACGAGCAUCUCAUAGCCUCAGGGUACUCCGCCAGCGACAGCGGUUUGAAGCUGAAAAAUGCUGUAUGGAUGAACUGGAAUGAACGGGAAACGCAGUUUCGACAUCGUCCUUUACCUGGAAUUGGCCAACGAACAGAAUGGAACGUUGCGCGGAGGUCGGCUCGGAAUUGGGCUCAUCUUCGUUGGGGAAGGCUUGGUGCGCUGCAUUAUCUUGGUCGACCUGGUUUUCACGAAGAUGAGAUCGCGGGUCGUAUAUCUGAUGGACGGUGGACUAUUGAGCGCGAUGUUGUUCUUGAUAAGACGGGGUUACUCUUGACGGACAAGAGGAAAAAGCGGGCUGAACAAAAGAUACAGAAGAAGGAAGACAAAGCAGCAAAGAAGAAAGACAAGAAGAAUAACAAGGGCUUUGUUCUACCUGAGAUGCCAAAGGUCACGGUCAAGCUUGAGGGCACAGCGGAUAGGAUAAAGACGUCGAAUGUAUAUCGUCCUUACAGUACUUUCUUUCCUAUACUUCAUCGGAAUGCGGAGUACUGGAAGGACAGGGAUCUUAGGGUCAUGGCACCGGAGGGUAUUGGGUAUUGGUCAAGUGUCGACAAAGAAGGGAGGAAAACGAUUAUCCUGGUCUUUGAUCCACCCCGAACAAUGCGCAACGACAAGACAAAAGAGGCAACCCCAUCUCUAACAUUCAUGCCUCGAGCAAUGGAAUUCGAAUCUUACACAGACGAAGAACUAUGGCGAACAGCCGAUCCAGGCGAGACAUAUCUCGAUCCGCCUCCACAGAUCCUUACGAGAAAACAACAGAAAGAAGAAGAGAAGAGACAGCGAAAGAAUAGACCACAGGAUGUCAAAGGAAACGAGGACGAGAGACUAGCUGCUGCGGGCGUGAGCAAAGAGGACCAUAACAGCGACUACAUCGACUCCAGCGAUUCAGAGUAUGACGUGGAACAUCAAACCAAGCUGAGAAAUAUGUACAAAACUCGACAAUCUUACGUCCGGGAUCGAGAUUUCGCGAGGAAAUAUUCUCUGUCGACUAUGGAUCUAGUAUCCCGAUACCUCGCCAACAUCUCCCCCACAGAACUAUGCCAGGACGGUUCUGCAAUUCCGUCGCUCCUCACACGCUUAUUACUCGAUGAUCUCUGGCAACUCCUCGCCGAACUCCGUCUCAUGCAAGACCACAUAGAUUCCGACCUCGGCGCAGACCUACACAUGCACUUGCUCCAAGAUGCAGGCACCGUUACACGACAAAACAUGGCUUGGAUAAGAUCUACACUCCAGGAAUUAACCGAGUGGACAGACCAUGCGAAAAAGUCAAAGAUAUUCGGGUUUUCUGAAGAGCUUGUCGAACUGGGAGAAGAGCUGCUUUCUCUCAAGGCAAGGUCGGAACAGACACUUAACUUUCUUAUUGCUUCGACAGGAAUUACGCAGUCGGCGCUUGUCAUUGAUCAGACUUCUGGUAUCAACAAGUUGACUGAGCUGGCGUUUUUCUUUGUCCCGUUGAGUUUUAUCACGGCUGUCUUCUCGAUGCAGGUUGCUGAACUUACCGAUGCGCCGCCUAGUAUAUGGACGUGGGGAUUGUCGCUUGCUGUCGUGUUCCUUGUCACGUACAUGAUACGUAUAUUCUUGCGAUCGCCUUCAGUAAAAGACUUCACCAAGACCGUCCGUGUAACAAUCCUCAACCGGUGGACACCGAAAAGCCGCUCUUCAUCUCUCCGUCUCGACUCCAUCAGCAACCGCGCCAUCUGCAAGUUCACAUUCGCCGCCACUUUAGUACUGUCCAGUGCCUGCGUGGUCAUCUUGGUGGGCCUGAUAUUCAUUUUCCUUCUCUACUUUGGUCUAUGGGCUGGGAUAGUAGGUACAGCAUUGUACUUUAUCAUCACGAGGUGGCCUGAGGCCGCAGUUCUGGCUCCAUGUUUCCUGGCGAUUUUUAUCGCGGCGGUUGGAUUCGGCUCGGUUUGUUAUUGGAACAAUAUCAUAGGAGAGCGCUUGGAGGAGUGGCUAGAUGGUGCUGGUGACUGGAUUAUGUCCUGGUUUCCGGAGAAUUGGGGGACGGACUUGGUAGAUGAUGAGGAUCUGGAUCGGGAGGGUGUUAAGACAUAUGCUCGGCAGCGCAUUUUCUUCCCGUCUAACUAG